ACUAGGUGUGUGUUGCCCGGUGAUAAAAUGGGGUCCUUUCCAGAAUAUAUUUCUGCUUUACAUGCAUUAUUUUAGAGUGGCUCCGAACCCACCGCGACCUUGACUGUGCUGAAGCGAUUGGUGAAAACGGAAUAAAAUCACAUGUCACUCCUGUUCAGUAAGAGGCGCUGUUGUCUGGUUUGGGCCAUGUCAUUUAUCUGUAGAAGAAACAGCGUCAUUUUCAAAGCUGUGUAACCGCUGCUGUUGUCUUGGCACUGAGGAAACGUUAACCAGCUGAUAAACAGAAUGGAGAGCCUUGACUUUUCAGAAGAAGAAAUCCAAGAACAGUUGGUUGCACUUGGGUACAACAACAUACCAAAACAAAGACUGCAGGAGUUUAAACGAGAUCUGGACUUGCUGAUUCGUCAUGAAAAGUCCAAAAGUAGCACUUCAGCUGAGUGGAGUUCACCUAAAUCUAACAGCACUUCAAACAAGAGUCCGCCUGCAUUCACUAAAGAAAAAGUCCAGUUACCCUAUGCUGGCUCCAACUACAGCUACAUGUACCAUGCCAAUUCGACAACAUAUCACCAGAGACAGCUCCUGACUUCAACGUUCAAUGAAGACAGUCAUGAUGAUGUAAACAUGACGCAUUUCGACUCCUACAUAAAGCAUUCAGUGGGUCCUGGAUGCAUCAGACCAUCUACAGCUCCCAACAGACUUGAAGUAGAAGAGGUGCCAUCUGAGAUAUUCCAUUCUGUACUGGAACAUGAUCAAACUAAGAAGACUCACACAGACAUUCACACUAAUGCUAAACCAGCUAUCAAGAGAAAAGUGCUUAGGAAACGAAGGGGUCAGUCUCAAGUCUGUGAUGAGUCUACCUAUAGUGAGGACUCUGAGCUAGUGAAUGAGUUGGAAGACCAUUUACAGCAAUUAAGGGUGUCUGCUCCUCACAGGGGACAGGAAUUGGACUCUGAGAGCGAGGAGACAGGUAGCUAUAGUGACAGACCCAGUUCUGCAUCAGAGUCCCUACCAAGUGCUUUCCAAAUCUACAUCAAAGGCAUGUCAAGAUCACACAGCGAGAGUGACAUCCGGCCUCGUCCCAAAUCCUUUAUUCGUCCUGUCAUGGAUCAUCCACACACAAGAAACUUAAAGAAAAUGGAUCCUGUUGCAAGGUAUUUCCAGUACAAACAGACUUGGGAGAUGUUUAAGCCCCCUGGAGAGAAAAGCAGAAAAGAGCUGCACUGGGCAAUUAGGGAACAACUUAUGUACCAACCACCACCACCAAAACCUCAGAGAGUUUAUGUACCCAACACUUACGUAGUUCCUACAGAGAAGAAACGCUCCGCUCUAAGAUGGGAGAUCCGACACGACUUGGCAAACGGAAUAAUUCCAACAAAAUAAGCUAUCCCUGACUGACUUGCCAAAACUGAAUUUUUUUUAUACACUUUAUUUAUUAUUGGUUUCCUCAGUCCUGCAAAUUAAAUGACUGCAUUGAUGAUGA